GUCGGCGUCCGGCCAUCUUUAUGUCAAAAAUAAUUAAAUUGACAGAACGAACGCGUUGUGUUUAUAACGAUUUUUAUUAAUUGUGAUUAAAUUAAUUAUACAACAAUUAUAAUGGGAGAAGAAAGUAAAGAACGCGAAGAUCGUGAUAGACGCAGAAGAUCCAGAUCUAGGGACCACAGAAGACGAUCUAGAUCAAGGAGUAGGGAACGAACCGACCGGAGAGAACGUAAUAGAAGAAGUCGAUCUGGAUCAAGACAUAAAAGUUCAUCACGUAGACGUAAACCAUCCCUUUACUGGGAUGUCCCACCACCAGGUUUUGAACACAUAACCCCUCUACAAUACAAAGCCAUGCAAGCAGCAGGUCAAAUUCCUGCAAAUAUAGUUGCAGAUACGCCCCAAGCGGCUGUUCCGGUUGUUGGAUCGACGAUUACGCGUCAGGCGAGACGAUUAUACGUUGGAAAUAUCCCAUUUGGAGUUACGGAAGAGGAGAUGAUGGAGUUUUUCAAUCAGCAGAUGCAUCUUAGCGGGUUGGCGCAAGCCGCCGGAAAUCCAGUUUUAGCGUGCCAGAUUAAUUUGGAUAAAAAUUUUGCAUUUUUGGAGUUUAGGUCGAUUGAUGAAACAACUCAAGCCAUGGCUUUUGAUGGAAUUAAUUUUAAAGGUCAAAGUUUAAAAAUAAGAAGACCACAUGAUUACCAACCAAUGCCGGGAAUGGCAGAAAGUGCUAUAACAGUACCAGCUGGAGUAAUAAGUACAGUAGUUCCGGAUUCACCCCAUAAAAUAUUUAUAGGUGGUUUGCCGAAUUACUUAAACGAAGAUCAGGUUAAAGAACUCUUGAUGUCUUUUGGUCAACUUCGCGCCUUUAAUUUGGUCAAGGACUCCGCUACUGGACUUAGUAAAGGAUAUGCUUUUGCCGAAUAUAUUGAUAUUACCAUGACGGAUCAGGCUAUUGCAGGUUUGAAUGGAAUGCAACUUGGCGAUAAGAAACUUAUCGUUCAACGUGCUAGUGUUGGGGCGAAAAAUACCACGAUUGUACCAAGCGUACAAAUUCAAGUACCAGGGUUGAGUUUGGUGGGUGCUUCUGGACCACCCACGGAGGUUUUGUGUUUAUUAAAUAUGGUUACACCUGACGAAUUAAAAGAUGAAGAAGAAUACGAAGAUAUUCUUGAGGAUAUUAAAGAAGAAUGUAACAAGUAUGGUGUCGUUCGAAGUAUAGAAAUUCCACGUCCAAUCGAUGGGGUUGAAGUUCCUGGCUGUGGAAAAGUGUUUGUGGAGUUCAACUCGGUGUUGGAUUGUCAGAAAGCCCAACAAACACUCACCGGGCGGAAGUUUAGCAACCGGGUCGUCGUUACAUCUUACUUUGACCCUGAUAAGUAUCACCGGAGGGAAUUUUAAGUCCGAUUUCUCCUAAACUACUUCUUAAAUUAGUCUUAUUUUUUUGUUUCAGUUUUAACAUCAUGUUAAAGUGUUUUGUGUUUAAUUUCUUUUUGUAUUUCAGAGUGUAAU